AUGGGUAAAUUUACUGGCACUGAGCCAACUACGAUAAAUACUGCAUCCCUCCUAAUUUCUUCUCUGUUAGUGAAGGGUCAAUGUAUAAGUGAUCUCUGGAAGUUAGAUGUUUUGGGUAUUAGUGAACCUUCCGUAAGUAAAACCAAAACUCAGUUACAGGAGGAUACGCAAAAAUAUUUUGAAGAGACUCUUACGGUAAAUUCAGAGGGAAGAGCAGUUGUUAAAGAAAAUAGUAGCACGAGUAUAAGACCGGUGUUUAAUGCAAGUUCUCAUUCGCCUGGUUACCCAUCAUUGAACGAUUGUUUAUCUACUGGACCAAAUUUAAUAGAAAUUAUACCUUCGAUUCUUAAUCGGUUUCGCAAGAAUUACGUUGGUGUCACUUCAGAUAUAGAAAAAGCGUUCUUGCAAAUAUCUAUAAGGGAAAAAGAUCGAGACUUUUUGAGAUUUAUGUGGUUCAGUAGGGAUAAUCAAGAACAAGUUGAACUGUAUCGGCAUGGAAGGGUAGUUUUUGGUAUUACGUGUAGUCCAUUCUGGAAAUCCAAUAUAAGAAGUGUUGUGCCAGAGGAAGAUUCCUCCACGGAAGGAGAUGUGUCUGUUUUGGGCCUUGUAUGGCAUACAGUUACAGAUACCUUAUCUUGCAAAAUAAGUCAAGAUAUAAAAUUGGAUGACCCAGUUACUAAAAGACUAGUUUUAGCAGUAGCUCAUCAGGUGUUUGACGUUAUAGGGUAUACGGCUCCUGUAAUGUUGAUUCCAAAACUAAUUUUACAGGAAACUUGGAAUUUAAGGCUUAAAUGGGACGAUGUUCUUCCCGAUGAAUUAACCAAAAAGUUUAGGUUUUGGCUUAAAAAGUUGUACUUGCUAUCCAGUAUCCAAAUACCUAGAUGGGUAGGUCUCAAAUCUAUUAAUGAAGCUGUGAGUAUACAUCUCUUUUGUGACAGUAGUAAAAGUGCGUAUGGUGCAUGCGUCUUUUUAAGAGUACAGAGUGGCAAAAAGGUGAAGGAAAUCAGGUCGUUGACCUCCCCCACUGUAUGGCGACAUGUCCCUGGUAGUCUCAAUCCUGCUGACCUACUUUCUAGAGGUUGUUAUGCAGAUCAAUUAAUAGAACGAAAAUGGUGGGAGGGACCUGAUUGGUUACGGGAAGAUGAGGCAAAUUGGCCUAAAUCUAAUGAUGAACCAGAUGAGGAUUUGGUUAAUUCAGAAAUACGUCGUGCUUCUCUUGGUUAUGAAGAGUUACUCACCGUCUUGUGUGAUUGUGAAAGAAUUGUCAACUCAAGACCACUUACGUACGUGUCUGACGAUAUUGAAGAUCCCUUGCCUUUAACUCCAGAAAAAUUUCUGCAUGAAACUCCACAGUCGGGUGUACCUGAUAUUGACAAUGUGGACAAAGAAAAAUUGAUAUGUACUCUUUUUUUUCAUUCUCAGGUUAAAUCUUUAUUAGCUGAUACUGAUGAUACCUCGUGUGAAUCGUAUAUUCGUCCAGUUCGUGCAUAUUCAAUGGGAAGCCGUCCCCAGCCAAAAAAAUCACAUUUGCAAAUGCAGGUGGAUGGCUCACGGAUGAGAGCUUAUUCAGUUGGAAGCCAAGCACAGAAAAAAGUGAGCAAUCCGUUGGAACGGGAACUUGGUAAUCUAAUGAGGAUUGAUCCUAGAACUGGUGCCAAGUCAUCUAGUGCACCUCUUCUCAACAACAGGCCUCCUAGGAUACGUUCUUCUACUAGUCGAGGGGAUGUUGGUGAAGAUUUAAUGGAAAUAGAUUAUAAUAAUGCAAAAUAUUCGUCAAAAGGUUUUGAUUUGUGUGAUUCAAAUUUUACUAUUGAGCCUGUUGGUCGUAGUCGUUCUGGUAGCUAUUCAUCAUCUUCGAACAGUGCAAUGAAGCUUUUGCAUGAUCGAGAUAAAGCUAAAUCUCAUUCUACGGGGCACAGCUGUAAUCCAAUAAAAGAUGAUCUAGAAACAAGUGACUAUUUACGAAUGUCGCCAUUAAGUGAUUCUACAAAAUCCACCACUUCUAAUAAUACAUCACUUACAGCUUCAAAGAGUGAUACUCCUACUAUAAAAAAGGCUGAACAUUUACAUCCACCUGGUGAUUAUGUAAGUUUAGAUCCAACGUGCACUUAUCAAACAAUGGCAAAUACUUCUUUACCUUACACUUUUGUUAAAACAUCUUCUGGCAUUAGUGUUGAAAGUGCUUCAUACAAUAAAAAGAAUUCAGCCCCUGUUGUUUCUAAUACAUCUGUUUCAGAAGAAAAAAGCAAAGACCUAAAUGACUCUACAAGUCUCACCAGUACAGCUGUUACUAAUAACAAUGUGCCUGUAAAUUUUCAUUCAAGCCUAGCUAAAGAAACUCCUUCUGAUUACAUGUGUAUGGACUACAGGAAAAAUUCAGAAAAAAAGGCUACUGUUUGUGAUGGUAGAGUAAUCACUAAUGACCAUUCCUCUAUAGAUGUAUCUAACACGGAGUCGAAGUGUGCUGAAAAGAUAGAUUCUUCUCAGCACUAUGAUAGAUGCAGAAAAAAUCAGUCUUCUUCCUUACAACAAGUUAAGGGAUCUUCAAAACCAACAUCUCCUGCAUCAAAAUCUCCACCUUAUCAAGCAGCAGGCACUGUCAACUUUUUGCCUAAAACACCACCUCCUUCUCCGAGUUAUGGUGCCAUGUCUUUCUCCGUUUCUGGUGUUCCAUUAAUGGAAAAUGUUGUUCGCCGCCUCUCCCAACCAACAAAUGCAGCUGCCACUCAGUCUGCACCAAAUUCACGUCCAAACUCUGUGUGUGGAGAGAUCCGUUUGAACUAUGCGUCUUUAGAUUUACCACCAGCUUCUGAAGAAGAAAAUAAAAAUACAGCUGGAAGGCUUAAAAGUUCUUUGGAAGCGGAAGCCAAAGAAACCCCUCUGACUUAUGCACAGAUAGAUUUUUCCCCGGUAAGACAAAAAGCUUUCCAAGAAGCAGAAAGUUUAAGUCAUUUGUAAAAUGUUUUACUUCAUUGUUUAUGUACGGUGCCUGAUUAUGAGUGUACUAAAUUUAAAAUGUUUGAUUGAAGCUUUAGGUUUAAAAUGCCUUAGUGCAAACCUUUAAAAAGCAAAUCAAAGCUUAUAUUACAAACUUUUAUUAUUGUUAGUAUAUUAGAAAUAGAGUUAUGUUUUUAAUUAUUUUUGUUAAUGUUUGUUUAUGCAUGUUUUUAUACAUAAGAGUUUUAUUUUGCACAAGUUGAUCAUUUAUUUCAGGCAUACUGAUUACAUGUGCUAUUUUUAAUGUGUUGCUAAGCAUCUUUUAUUGCAGAAAUUAAGUUAAAUUUGUUUCAUUCAAUUAUUGAUCAACAUUGUAUUGUAAUUUAUAGUCAAAAAUAAUUCUACAAUUAUAAGUAUUUUUGCAAGAGGUUAAUAUAAUUAAUAUGCUGCAUAGUUUUUCAUUAACCAUUUUACAUUGUCCAUUAAGAAAUUUAUCUAUUAUAGAAAUUUUUAUUAUCUUGCAUAUAUCAGUGCAUCAAUGGCAGUCUUGUAUCUGUAUAAAUUGUGUAAAUGCAUAAUGGUAGAAACGACAGCAUGUAAUUUGAACUGCUAGAAAAGACUUUUAAAUGUCUGCUUACUUAUCAAGGUCAUCCUUGUCUGGUUAUUAAAAAUCAGUUAUUGAAAUUCUUAAAAAAUUCUUUAAUUUUAACCUGGAAGUACGUGAUUGUUCUGUGAUGUACUACGAAGUGGAAGCUAAUCUAAGACCUUAAACUUGUAAGUAAAGAAAAAUAAAGAGAAAGUAUUUAAAUUUAUUUAAAGCAAAUAUUUGUAAAAUAAUCAAAUCCAGUAUUUUUCCAAAGUGGUUUGAAUAGAUUUUAUUAAUUUAUUCUGUAAUUUUAGUUAUACUUUUCUAAACUCCCUUUGGAUAUGAACUUAGUUAGCUUCUAGUGUUAAUGUAUAAUUCUGUAAUCUGUGGAGAUUAUUUUAACUGUUGUACAAAAAAAAAAAAAAAAAAAAAAGGUGAAUUAUCUUUGGAAGUAAGAGAGAUGAAGCGAAGAAUGUAUGUUAUAUUAUUUAAAGAAUUAUAUUUGAGAAAUUUAUCUAUAUGUAUUUUUAGGAAUUUUUUUUCAAAAUUACUGUUUAUAAAAUUAGUUUAUUUUUGCUUACUGUAGAACUAUUACUAGCAUUGUAAAUUUCAAUUACAAUAUAUAUUUGUUUUCAAACAUUUUUCUUUACUGUAAAAUUAUUUUUAGCAUUAUAAAUUUUGAUUCUGUAGUAUAUUUAUUUUCAAAUUACUGUUCGCAAAAUUAGUUGUUACUUUUUCUUACUAUAGUGCUGUUUCUAGCAUUAUGAUCUUUGAUUACAUAAAAAGUAUACAGCAGUUGUUCUGUGUCAUAAAACUGUCCAGUAAUAUUCUUAUUUAAUUUAUCGAAGAAAUUAUUUUUAUAUAAUAUCCUUUUGCUGUCUGAAAUUAGACAUAAUUUGAUUUUUGUACAUAUUCUAUAGGAAAAAAUUUUAUUAUAUGUUUAAAGCAAGCCACAAACUAAUGCCAGAAAUUUUAAAAUUUAACAUUUUAAUGGCUAGAACCGAAAGUUAUUUUUAAUGUUAGUAUGUUUUGGAGUUAUUAAAAUAGAAUUAUUUAUCUAGGAAAAUUUAUAAAGUAUUUUGUUUAGUAUGUUUACACUAAAUUAAGCUUUGCUACCUAUUCUAUUCAGUAGAAAAGUUGCUUGGAAGUUUUCCUUGCAUUGCACAUUAUACAAAACAGAAUUAUGUGUCAUAAUCAGUUUUAUAUGUGAAUGAAUCAUAAAUUCAUAUUAAUUGAACUUUGUUUUUCUUUACAUUAAUUCUGUUAAGUAAAUUUAUUUGUAUUAGUAGUAACUAUAUCAGUUGUAUCAACUCCAGCCUAAAAUUAGUAACACUAUAACCUUGAGUUUUGCAUAGACUUUUGUACAAGACUACAAUUGAUUGAGAUCUUGUAUAUAAAUCUAUGCCAAAUUUCAAGGUUAUUGUGUUACUAAUCUUUUGUUUCACUUGGCAUGUUUCUUUUCCAUUUCCAGCUCUGUUGGAUGAUUUUAUUGAAUUUUUACAUUUUCAUCAGAUUAAGUUUGUGCAACAGGCAAUGCAGUGUUUUAUUUAAGAAAAUUUUAUUAACUUGCAGAUUUAACAACAUUUCCAUUGUUUGAAUAAAAUGACAAGAGAAAUUGAUUUGGGGGUUUUAAAUGGAAGGGGGUGCACUAAUUUCAAAUGUGUCCAGAAUAAAAAAUAAAGCUACACUCCCCCCCCCCUUCAGUUUGUAUUUUUCAUUUCAUUUUUGUUGUAAACAAAAAAAAGUCCUGAUGCCUGGUGGUUUAAAAAUAACCAUAACCACAUAAAUCACUUGACCUUUCGGUCUGCCUGUUGACCACGCUUUUUAUAAAUAUUAAUAAAAGAUGGCUUUUACUAUUUUAAUUAAGUAUUAAAAUCCAAAUGAAGCCUUAUUAGAUAUUUUAUAUUUGUACAUAAAAGUAUGUAAUUAAACGUUUCAGUGCAUGCUGCAUAAAAUAUAAAUAUCUAGGUGUAGAAUUUUAUUUAUUUCCUUAUAUUUAUUAUCAAGUCAUGCAGUUAAACUUAGGUAACUCUUAACCUUAACAUAUAUAGCAGUUGCAUUGUAUGUUUCCUAAACUUCAUUUAGUACUUUUAUCUAAUUAAUGUGAUAAAACUUCAUAAAUUAAAAGUAAUUAUUUUUAUAAAUAUAUUUGUAUAUAAAAAGGCAUAAUCUUUUUAAAAUUGUAUAAUAAGAGAACUAUAAAAUUACGUAUUAUAUAUUCAUUAGCCGGUGAACUUUCGAAUUUCGGCAAGUUAAAUCAUAAAUUAUUUGUGUGCUACAUGUGUUGUUUCACUGUUUUGUAAAAUUAAUACUGAAUUUAUCAUAUGUGGGAUCAUGUUUAUAUAUAUGAGUCUUUGGUAAUAUUGAUUGAUGGCUUAAAACUAUUCUUUCAAACAUCCAUUAACAUUUUUAUUUUUCCAAAUGUUUGAUGCUUUAAGAAAACUAUUUAAGAUGUAAUAAAUACAUGAGUUAGUAUAUUAAGGAAGGUUAGCUAUUUUAAACUACUCCAACGGUAUAGAUUCUGUUAAUAAUAUAUAAAUAUUUUUAUAGCUGUGUCUAAAAUUAAAAUGUGAAACAUUCUUGUCUGUAUUGAUUUAGAACAGGGUUUCUUACUCUCUUUUAAAAUGAAACCCCUUUUUAUCACUGUUAUAUGACAACCUAUUUUUUGCAACCACAGAUAUUAAAUAUAAAAUAAAGAUAUAAAAAUAAA